CUCUCUCACUCACUCUGUCUGAUGAUUUCCUUCAUUAGUAUAUAAAUAUCUAGAAUUUGCUUUCCCACCAGUCAAUUACCCCCGGCCUCCCCCGUAUGAUUCUGUAAGCAGAGUAUAUUCUCCACUCCCCUUCUCUCUCUCUCUCUCUAGCUCGAGAUUUGUGGAGCAGAUUUGUCCCGUCAAGCUUAGGUUUUUAUAUGGACUCCCUGCUGACAGAGCCUUCCAAUUUCCUGGCUGACUUGAAAUUCAGCCACGGAUCGAUUUCGAUCCCUCCGACUAAGAAUCUGGUGAAUGGGUUCAAACGCCGUGGUGGGUUCUCGAACCCGGUCAAUGAUCCCUCGCCGCCUUCGAGCACUAGCUCGGAGGUGGAGUCUCCCGAAGACAGCGAUUCCUCCACUUCCAAUUCGAUUCUCAAGUUCAUAAGCGAGAUCCUCAUGGAGGAGGAUUUGGAGGAGAAGCCCUGUAUGUUGCAGGACUGCUUAGCCCUCCAAGCGGCCGAAAAAUCUUUCUAUGAUGUGCUCAAUCAGGAAUAUGUCCCUUCGUUCGAUUGCCGCCAACCUGUUUCAGAUCAAAUUGCCGAUAACCCGACCCUCUCUUCCCCUCAAGAGAGCAGCUCUGAUAGCAGUAACACCAACUCCUGUAGUUGCUCUGUUAACGGCUCGAUCGGGGCCAUUCAAGCUCCUGAGUCAGGAAACCUUGUGGCUCCCUGUGUUCAUCUUACUGAUUCUCUUAUUAGUACCUUUAGGCUUCUUGAUUCAUACAGCAGCAGUGACGGGUUUGGGAAAAACAUAUUCGUCGACCGAUCGAUGACCUUUGGUAGUGCCAGGGAAGCCAUUUCCAAGGGAGGUCAAAACUCUGUGAGUGGCUCUAAGGGAAAGAAAAGCCACGGCAGGGAGGAGGGUGAUUUUCCGCAAGAAGGGAGGAGCAACAAGCAAUCAGCGGUUUUCGUUGAAGAGCCCGAGCAGUUGGAAUUGUUUGACGAGGUCUUGCUCUGUCAACCUGGGAGAAACGAGCAAAAGUGUCCCCUGUUCGAUGAUUGUGAGGAUGAGCUGAGUAGAAAAUCGAGCCCAAACGGGCCAACAAAAGGGUCUAAUGGGAGAUCGGGAACUCGUCGAAAGAAAAACAGCGCCAAGGGAGAAGUAAUUGAUCUUUGGACUCUUUUGACGCUAUGUGCGCAAGCUGUGGCGACUAAUGAUCACAGGAGUUCAAUGGGACUGAUUAAGCAAAUCAGGCAGCAUUCUUCUCCUUAUGGUGACGGGAAUCAGAGACUGGCCCAUUACUUCGUAAACGGCCUCGAGGCCCGUUUGGCUGGAACAGAAACUCCUUCCUACUUGGCCACCGCGGGGAAGGGAACGUCGGCAGCUGAUCUACUCAAGGCUUACCAGUUCUAUGUCCAGGCCUGCCCCUUCAAGAGAAUGUCAAACUUCUUUGCCAAUCGGACCAUCAUGAAGAAGGCAGAGAAAGCAACAACGCUUCACAUAAUCGACUUUGGGAUCCUCUAUGGGUUCCAGUGGCCCUGUCUCAUCCAGCGUAUCUCGAUGAGGCGUGGCGGGCCGCCAAAGAUCCGGAUGACGGGUAUCGAGCUGCCCCAGCCUGGAUUUAGGCCUACAGAGCGGGUUGAGGAGACGGGUCGCAGGCUGGCUAAGUACUGUGAGCGGUUCGGUGUCGAGUUCGAGUACCACACAAUAGCAAAAAAGUGGGAGACGAUCCAAUUGGAGGACCUGAUGAUUGACAGGGACGACUUCACUGUGGUCAACUGCCUCUACAGGUUAAGGAACCUUCCCGAUGAGUCUGUGGUCAUGAACAGCCCAAGGGACAUGGUCCUGAAGCUAAUAAGGAAGAUCGAACCCGACCUGUUUGUUCACGGGGUUGUUAACGGCACGUACAAUGCCCCAUUCUUCCUCACCAGGUUCAGGGAGGCUCUGUUCCACUUCUCGUCCCUGUUCGACAUGUUUGAUGUGGGGCAGGAUGACAGGGAGAAUGAACAGAGGAUGAUGUUUGAACGGGAGGUAUUCGCCCGAGACGCGAUGAAUGUUAUCGCUUGUGAGGGAGUAGCUCGGGUCGAGAGGCCCGAGACAUACAAGCAGUGGCAGGUGAGGAACAUCCGGGCAGGGUUUAGGCAGAUCCCACUGUGCGAGAAUAUCUUCAACAAGGUGAAGAACUUCGUCGGGUUGGAGUACCAUAAAGACUUCAUAGUCGAUCAAGACGGGCACUGGAUGCUUCAGGGGUGGAAGGGCAGAGUUAUCUAUGCUGUGUCUUGUUGGGUGCCUGCUGAGGAGGCUUCUUCGUAGGAUUACUUGUUUGUGGCCUAUUUUCAUCUGCAGAAGUAUUUAUGUGCAAAGAUAUAUAGUUAAGGUUGCUGCCAGUGAUUGAUGCAGCGUAGGUGUAUUAUUAGCUGGUUUGAUUACUGUAUUGUUUAAAUGCAAUGAUUAUUUUGUUUAUAUAAGUUUCUGCUCCAAUGUCAUAUGAGUGUUAAGACAUGAGAUUUGAUGUUGAAUUACACUUGAUUUUUUAUGAA